UUUGUUUCUUUCAUUUCAGCUGACAACUGCCUUACUGCCAUCAUUGGGGAGACAGUGCAGUUUAACUGCUCCACUAAAGAGUCCUUAAAGGCAGAAGACAUUUCAGUCGAGUGGACAGCAAGUGAAGGUGACAUUGUUCAUUCAUUUGUCAAAGGAAAAUAUAACAAUCCGGAUGCCCGGUUCAAAGGCCGAACGCAGCUCUUCACAUCUGAACUGUCACGUGGUAACUUCUCACUACAGCUGUCAGACGUGUCAGUCGCUGAUGAAGGGCAGUUUGAGUGCAGUUACAGUAAAGAUAAGAAGACAAGAAUUAGUGUGUCUUAUCCGUGCCUUCUAGUCACAGCUCAUUUCUCUGAUCCAGUUGUAAACAGAACACCUUCAGGGUUAAACAACACUGAAGACAAAUUCAUCUGUACGUCUGAUGGAGGAUAUCCUGAGCCAAAGGUCCACUGGGCAGUGAAUAACGUGUCCGUGGUGGACUCGAGCCGAAUAAACACAACGCUGAGCAAAGACAGCAGGGGACUCUACAGUGUGACCAGCAUCCUGACUGUGAAUGUGACAGUAAACGAGUCUGUGACCUGCACCAUCGAGAAUGAGAAACUCAAGAAGAAUAAGAUAUGGGCUAAACCAGAGAUGCCAAUGCCCCUGGUGGAGUGUUAG